AUGGGUUUCCAGAAGAUUUUGAAAAAAUUUGAUAAAUAUUUGUAUCAAACAUCAUCUGAAGUAAGCAGUUCGGCACCUCCGGAAAACCCAAUUGCAAACAAGUCAAAUAAUACCACUUUAAGUUUUUAUUUGACUCCAGAUAUUUCUGAUAAUGCCGAAGGAAAUUUUACACGUGUAAUAAAUAAAAAUAGUCACAAUCGAUAUAGUUUCACUCCAAUUGGAAAAGAUUUAUGGGCAUUAGUUUUAAAACAUAAGUUCGCCACAAGUGAAGCUGAUGAGAUAUUGUUGUCACGUGCUAGACAGCUUUGGAGAAAACGUGUACCAUUAUCUCCUGCUGUAACACCCUUAGUAGAAGAUUUAUCAGCAUUAACGAUUGAAGAUUCCUCAAUUCCAACUAUAAAUUCAUUAGAUUUAGAUGUUUUACCCAAUGGCAAAGUUUCAAUGCUGUGGGUAGUUUUAGCAGAAGAUGGUUUAAGUUUACCAAUUAAAGUACCCGUAAUGGUUGCAAAGGGAGUUAAAGAUGGACCUGUAGUUGGUUUGACUGCAGCAUUACAUGGUAAUGAAUUAAACGGAAUUCCACUAAUUCAUCGACUAAUGUCUCAAGAUUUGAAUUGCAAUAAUUUACACGGCGUGGUAGUAUCAGUCCCUGUUGCUAAUGUGCCUGGAUAUUUGGCAGGUCAACGUACAUUCAGCGAUGGCCAAGAUCUUAAUCGUGUUAUGCCAGGAAAACCUAACGGUAGCACUUCGCAGGUUUAUGCGUAUAAUUUGAUCGAUCGUAUUGUGAGCAAAUUUACUCAUUUAAUUGAUCUACAUACCGCAUCAAAGGGGAGAGCAAAUUCUCUUUAUGUUAGAGCUAAUAUGAAUGAUCCCAGAACCAGAAGAAUGGCCAAAUUGCAAAACCCUCAGAUCAUUGUUCAUAAUACGUCACCUGAUGGUUCAUUACGUGGGGCAGCAAUGGAAAGAGGAAUUCCUGCCAUCACUGUUGAAAUCGGUGACCCAUCAAAAUUUCAAAAAAGAUUUGUUAAAACUGCACUCCAAGGUGUAACAAACAUUCUUAGUAACUUAAAAAUGGUUCCUGAUGAAAAUCAAUCACCGGAAUAUGAUCCUGUAGUUUGUGCUAGAAGUUAUUGGAUUUUUGCUAAAAGAGGCGGUAUUCUAAAUGUCAUACCAGAUGUAAAUACAUGGGUCAAAAAAAAUGAAAUAAUUGCCACUUUAGAUUCUGUUUUUGGAAUACUUGUUGAAACUUAUUUUGCUCCUGAAGAUGGAAUAGUAAUUGGUAAAGAAAUGUAUCCGUAG